GCCCGCCGCCCGCCGCCCGCCGCGCGGCCCGCAAGGUGUUGGCAUUUGUUGGAAGUGUUUGUGAAGCUGUCUCUCUGCCCAGAGCUCCAGGACCAAUGCAUCUUUCCUCCAUCUUAAACCAGUGAGCAGUUCAGAGCCCCAGCUGCAGAAGACUUGCUCUGUCACCACCAUGAGCUCUGAAUGUGAUGUUGGUGCCUCUAAAGCUGUGGUGAACGGGUUGGCACCAGGAAGCAACGGGCAAGACAAAGACAUGGAUCCUGCAAAAAUCUGCACUGGCAAGGGAGCCGUGACUCUCCGGGCCUCCUACAGGGAAAUCCCAAUCAGUAGUCCUGUGAGCCCUCAGGAAACCCCGCAACACGAAAGCAAACCAGUUCUGGAGUCAGAGAGUUCCGCAGCAGAUGAGUGGAGGCUUUCUUCCAAUGCUGAUGCCAAUGGGAACGCCCAGCCCUCUUCACUCGCUGCCAAGGGCUACAGAAGUGUGCAUCCCAACCUUCCUUCCGACAAGCCCCAGGAUCCAAAUCCUCUACUAAAUGAAGUUUCUUCUCCCCACGUUGGAUCUGAGUCCCAGACCUUUGCACCUGUCAGCAAGCCGUCCUCUGCCUACCCCUCCACAACCAUCGUCAAUCCUACUAUUGUGCUCUUGCAACACAACCGAGAACAGCAGAAACGACUCAGUAACCUUUCAGAUCCUAUAUCGGAAAGAAGAGUGGGAGAGCAAAACUCGGCACCAACCCAGGAAAAACCCACCUCACCAGCCAGGACUUCUGAAAAAAAGGCUAAGGAUGACAGGCGGGUGGCUAAGAGCGCUCAGGACCUAAGCGAUGUUUCCAUGGAUGAAGUGGGCAUCCCACUCAGGAACACCGAGAGAUCAAAAGACUGGUACAAGACCAUGUUUAAACAGAUCCACAAACUAAACAGAGAUGAUGAUUCAGAUCUGUACUCUCCUCGAUACUCCUUUUCUGAAGACACAAAAUCUCCUCUUUCUGUGCCUCGCUCAAAAAGUGAAAUGAACUACAUUGAUGGUGAGAAGGUGGUUAAGAGGUCAGCCACACUUCCCCUUCCGACCCGCUCUUCCUCACUAAAAUCUAGCCCAGAAAGAAACGACUGGGAGCCCCCAGAUAAGAAAGUGGAUACAAGAAAAUACCGUGCAGAGCCCAAAAGCAUUUACGAAUAUCAGCCGGGCAAGUCCUCCGUUCUGAGCAACGAGAAGAUGAGUCGGGAUAUAAGCCCAGAAGAGAUAGAUUUAAAGAAUGAACCUUGGUAUAAAUUCUUUUCGGAAUUGGAGUUUGGGAAACCGACUAAUCUAGAAAAAGAUCUCAACCUCUACCAAACAGAGUUAGAGGCAGAUUUAGGAAAAAUGGAGACGCUUAAUAAAGCACCCAGGGCAGACCUGUCACAGAGCUCCGCUGUCAGCCCCGCUCCGGAAAUUUCUUCAGAGCCUCCUGGAUAUAUAUAUUCUUCCAACUUCCACGCAGUGAAGAGGGAAUCAGAUGGGGCUCCUGGGGAUCUCGCUGGCUUGGAGAACGAGAGGCAGAUUUAUAAAAGCGUCUUGGAAGGUGGAGACAUUCCUCUCCAGGGCCUGAGUGGGCUCAAGCGACCCUCCAGCUCGGCCUCCACUAAAGUGGAUCGUAAAGGUGGGAAUGCUCACAUGAUUUCAUCUUCAGUCCAUAGCCGAACGGUUAACACUAGCAAUGCAUUAGGCCCUGUGUGUAAGCACAAGAAACCCCUGUCCGCUGCGAAAGCCUGCAUUUCGGAAAUCCUUCCCUCCAAAUUCAAACCCAGGCUCUCUGCGCCCAGUGCUCUUUUGCAGGAACAGAAGAGUGUUCUGUUGCCAUCAGAGAAGGCUCAGAGCUGUGAGAACCUGUGUGUUUCCUCUUCUCUGAACGAUGCCAAGAGAGGUCUGCUCCAGGUAGGGGGGAGCAUCGAGAACCUGCUCAUGCGCUCCCGGCGGGAUUAUGACAGCAAGUCGAGCAGCACCAUGAGCCUGCAAGAGUACGGCAGCAGCGCAAGGCGGCCCUGCCCGCUCUCGAGAAAGGUUGGCAUCCAGUUCUCCAUGUUCUACCGGGACAUGCACCAGAUCAACCGAGCUGGCCUCUUCCCGGGAUCUGUCACCUCCUCCAGUGUGCGCGAUCUGGCUUCCCACUUUGAAAGGAGCGGCCUGGCGUUGGCCAGGGGUGACCUGGGCCCCAGCCAGGAGGGCUCGGAACACAUCCCCAAGCACACCGUCUUCCGCAUCACAGCUUUUGAGCAGUUGAUUCAGCUCCGGUCCAUGCCAUCCCUGGACCUUUCCGGGAGGCUGAGCAAGUCCCCCAUGCCGGUGUUGGCCCGGAGCGGCCUGAGCGCAGCCCGCUCGGCUGAGUCCCUCCUCGAGUCGACCAAGCUGCAGCCCAGGGAGAUGGAUAGGAUGAACCCCCGGGGGGUCUACGCCUCCCCCUCGUGCAGCAAUAUCGUGGACCCCUCCUUGGGCCUCAGGGGCCUCAUGCACUCUGAGCUCUCUACCUGCUCUGACGACCUUGACCGCUGUUCAACCCUCUCCAGUGACAGCAGAGAGGGCAGCAGUGGCAGUGUCCACGGAGACUUCCCCAAACACCGCCUCAACAAGUGCAAGGGUACCUGCCCGGCUUCAUACACCCGCUUCACCACCAUCCGCAAGCAUGAGCAGCAGCAGAGCCCCCGGCAGCCUGACUGGCGCCUGGAUUCCAGAGGGGACAAGAGCACACUCCUCAGGAACAUCUACCUAAUGAGCCCCCUCCCUUUCCGGUUGAAAAAGCCCCUCCAGCACCAGUCCAGACAGCCUGCCACUGGCGACUUCUCAGGCCCCCCGGAGGGCCAGAAGCCAGACCUCCCAGUCAGCCCACCAGGACGAGCCCGGCUCUCGGGGGAACCCUCAGUUCCCAAACGCCUGUCCUCCCGACACACCAUGGCCAGGCUGAGCCGGAUCUCAGAACCCCCUCAGCAGAGACCGAGGUCCGAGGACUGCUUGAGGGCCUUUAAUAAUGGGAACUCUGUGCCGUUCACAGACCACGGCCUGGACAGGAACAACAACCCACAAAGUGAACUGGGAACGACCCUCGGAGGUGGCAUUUUGUGUAUUUGCCCAGUCUCACCUCACCUGUCUCUCCACUUUGCUUGCUUUGUCCUCCUCCUGUGUGCCCUUGAAUUUGAUUAUUGA